UCAGAGAAGAGCCACUGUGCAAACAUCGGGGCUCAGCUGAUACGCUGUCAUGUAUUGUGGAUUAGAUUCUUUAAUUCUCUGAACUGCUGAGCAAAAGUUUGGUCUAAACAUGGAACUUGAUAUGAGUAAUUUUCUUCUUAACAAUACUUAUGUUUCUAACGUAAAUCCUUGCUAUAAGAUUGCCACCUAUCUACCAACAGAAACUCCUACCACGUUAUGUCUACUUUUUAAUGUUUUUCUUGGUUCUAUAUCUGCAGUAACUGUUUGUGGAAACCUACUUGUGAUAAUCUCUAUCAUUUACUUCAGACAGCUUCACACUCCUACCAAUGCCCUCAUCCUGUCUCUGGCUGUGGCUGACCUGCUGGUAGGAGCUAUGGUCUUUCCACUAACAAUGGAGUUCUCAAUAAGCUCAUGCAUGCAUCAUCAGGACAUUUUCUGCAAAGUAAGAGGUAGCUUCGAUAUAACACUUAGCAUAUGUUCUAUUCUGAACCUGUGCUGCAUUUCUAUUGACAGAUAUUAUGCAGUGUGUCAGCCACUGGUAUACAGGAAUAGAAUCAGCAGUCAUGUUAUUGUAUUGAUGAUAUUGGUGAGCUGGGGCGUUCCAGCUGUGGUUGCAAUCAGUCUGGUAGGAUUUAAUCAGGUGGAAUGCAAACAAAAUUGUUUUCUUACUGUUGUGCUGGGAAAAAUUCUGAUUGUUCUAAUUACAUUUUAUUUACCACUGCUUGUAAUGAUAUGCAUCUACCUAAAGAUUUUUAGUGUCGCACAGAGACAAGCAUACAGCAUCCACAGCAAUAAACAUUAUGGGGGAGUAGUUAGUAAAAUGGAAAACAAGGCCACAAAAACUUUGGCAAUUGUAAUGGGAGUUUUUCUGUUGUGCUGGCUGCCUUCCAUCCUCUGUACAACUGUUCUUACUUUCAGUAAAGCUUCCCAGCCUGGCCCUCUGGCAGAAAUACUGAACUGGCUUGCACUGUCUAAUUCAACAUUCAAUCCAUUUAUUUAUGCUUUAUUUUAUAGGUGGUUCAGGUCAGCAUUUAGAAUGAUUAUUUCAGGAAAAAUAAUGUUGGGAAAUUUUACUGACUUGAAACUUUAUUGAUUUAUGUAUCUUUGUAAGGCACAUUUGC